UCUUCAAUCUUCCAAAAUCUUCCAAGCUUCAACCACAAUUCUUCUCAACCAGUACCAGUACUGUUAAACUUUUAUCUUUCUCCAACAGGAGAAUAUAUAUAACCCAACCCACUGAGUUAUAGAAUUUGAACAUAAUCUCAAUCAUCUUUUUCUUCUUCAUCUCAAAAGUUUUAUACAUCUUUUUUGUCAAGAAAAAUGUCUGCUGUAUUACGAGCCAUUUCUGCAGCCAAGGAUUUGGCCUUCAAUCCGAGCCAGAAGGAGGAAGAAGAGAUGAAGGGUCAGAAAAAAGACAUCAGCACCAAAUGUAGCGAGCUACUUCAUCAUCAUCAUCAGAAGCAUCAGCUACCCAAAAAUGAGUUUGAGCAUGAAGAAAACGACAAUGAAACUGAUGAGGAGGAGAUUGAAGAAGAUGGUGAUCUAACCAAGCUCGAAUCUGAGAAAGAGUUAAAUCCUGGUCCUCUGUUUUCUCUCAAGGACCAACUUGAGAAAGAUAAAGAUGAUGAAAGUUUGAGGAAAUGGAAGGAACAACUUCUUGGGAGAGUUGAUCUCUCUGCUGUUGGAGAGAGCAAAGAGCCAGAAGUGAAGAUAAUAAGCCUGACAAUUCAACGACAGGGUCGGCCAGAUCUUGUGUUGCCAAUUCCAUUCACUAAUAACUCCAAGAAAAGUCUCUUCACUCUCAAGCAAGGCAACCUUUACCGUCUCAAAUUCACUUUUACUGUCUCUAACAACAUUGUUUCAGGCCUCAAGUACACUAACUGCGUUUGGAAGUCCGGCGUCAGAGUGGACAAUUCGAAAACAAUGUUGGGAACCUUUAGUCCUCAAGCAGAGGUUUACACUUACGAAACCAAAGAAGAAAUUACUCCCACCAUCAUUUUUGCAAGGGGAUCUUAUUGUGUAAGAACCAAGUUUAUGGAUGAUGAUGGAAAGUGUUACUUGGACGUUACUUACUACUUCGACAUCGCAAAGAAUUGGCCAACGUCCUCUUGAAAUUUCUUGUAUAACUAUGUUACAUUCGUCCAUUAAUUUUAGCUGCCCUCUUUGUAUUUUGUAAUCCAAUUAAGAGAAAUGCAAUGCAUCUUUUCUAAGUUUAAUGAAGAAUAAGUGUACACAACUUUUAUCUAAUUACUUUUUUUUUUUGACAA